GGCACUUGUUGCGAAUAGACUUGGCUGGGUGCAUGCGCCGAAAAGACGUGAGGUCGACCUGUGAUGUGCCGCAGCAAGGGCGAUUGCUUGUGAGGCAAGGCUCCUUCCUUCCUUCCUUCCUCUCGGAGUAAGGGCGGGCCACGACAAAGACUGAAAUCAGGAGUUUGCUUGCAAAAAGGUCGAAGCGCAGUUGACCCAGGACCGAAAUCAGAACCAGGACCAAAAUCGGGACCGAAAUCAGGACCAGAACGAAGUCCCGGAUCCUGUAAGAGGCCGUGCUGCAAGGCGGAAAAGAAGGGACUUGAAGCGAGCGGCGGAACAGCAGCUGAUGUCUUCUUCUAUCGCUGGUACGGUACGGUGUGUGACACUUUCAGCGUCACGCACCGCUGAAUUGUCACACGACAUUCAAUCCUGGACAAAGCACUUCCUCAUCGGUGGAGGGAAGGCGACGAACACAUGCAAUGUCGUUGGGAUCGGGGCUCUCUCUGUUGGAAUCGGGGUCGGUACACCGAGGUUCUCAGAGAGUCAUGGCGAAUGCCAUCGCGGGAUGCUGACCAACGGGCCUCUUCGUCCCUGCAAAGCGAAGAAUAAUGUCACGGUCAAGAGGAAGAGAUGGCCUUGUCAGUCGACGGAAGUCCUUCCGGGCUGUGCAUGCUUUGCUCUGCGCCGUUCCUGCUCGUCUUGCGUUACAAGUACCCUUGUGCGGGGUUCGUCGUCAGAUCCGAGUAGCAGCAUGGCUCGAGCCACAUUCCCUGUCCUUCUUCGGACUCCUCUCGCAGACUCUGGUGGAAGUUUUGUCAUUCGAUCCGGGUUGGAAGAUCGAGUUGAUCAUAAGGCUGCAAAGGUUUUACAUCCCCUUCUUUUUGACCGGAGAUUGGCAUUCCAUAGCUGCCGCAUUCGCACGACAAGGCACCAUGGAUCUAGUACCAGGGGAAGCGCCAUUGAACAAGGACCAGGAAUGGAGUCAAGAACCAAACCAGGACCAGCAACUGGACCUAGAACUGGAGACCAAGGUGAUCGUACGCCUCUGAAACUAGUCUUGUACAGCAAACCAGGAUGUUGCCUUUGCGAUGGACUGAAGGAAAAGAUCCAUGCCGCAGCUGCCAUAGCUGGCGUCGAAAACCCCUUGAUGGACAUGGAUCUAGAAGUGAGAGACAUCACAACUAAUCCUGAAUGGGAUCGUUUGUACCAGUAUGAAAUCCCAGUCCUGAAACAGGUUGUGGACGAUGGGUCGGAGGUGUUGAUCCCACGUUUUCCGCCUCGGAUAGGUGUCGACCGCCUGCAGCAGAAGCUGGUGGAGCUGCUGCCGCGCUCAGGAAAAGCAGGAGAGUAACGGAGAGAGGGACAGCUGUCUGAUUACAGUACAUGUUUCUGUUCUUCGAUGGUUAGCUAUUGAGUAAUGAUCGAACUUGAUCCCACGUUUUCCAUCUCGGGUAGGUGUCGACCACCUGCAGCCGAAGCUGGCAGAGCUGUUCUCGAGCUCGGAAAAAAGCAGGAGAGUAAGGGAGAGAGGGACGGCUGUCUGAUUGCAUUACAUGUUCUUUUCUUCCUUGGUUAGCUAUCGAAGCUGGUACAUUUGGGAAGGAGGCAUCAAGACUCCUCCUUUUGGUCAGCUUUGUGGAAAGGCACAGUCGCAGAUGAAAACACCACAGUUUGUGGGUGGUUUCAGAAUACAGAUAUAUUUGUUCCUUUGUAAAUGCUCAGUCAUGCUCUUGUUGCGCAGAAACAUUGUUUUAUGCGCACCUUUGCGA